ACGGAGUUUGCGGAGGAAGCUGAGAAAAUUAAGCUGCAGUACGAGUGGAACCUGUACAAGGCCAUUUUGCUCGCCACCCGCAGAUCUUUUGACUUCCUUAGGCGCCAGAUGUACUCUGCGCCCCAGGGGGCAUCCGACUCUUCUGUGAACGCCAUCUUUGAAGUGGACAUUCAACUAGACGGCACCGGGGUGCGGCUCCACCCAUCUAUUGACGAGUUUCAGGAAGCGAUAAAUCGGGCAGCAGUGGCUAUUCUUAACUGUUCGAAGUGCAUUCGGCAAUGGGGGCACCAGGAGGAAAGGGAUGGGGAAGACACGCCUGCUUCUUCCAAGCCCAACGGGUUUAGUUUGCGCAUAAAAGACGAAAGGGAUAUCCAAAAGGUUUUGCUGUGCUUCUUCGGAUCCAUUCAAAACAUUCGAGAUGAGGUCUCAAAGUACCUCGUCAAGUUCGAUGUGUUCAAAUGGCUGUGGAUGGAGCCUUGCAAGGACAACUACUUGGCUUUUGAAAAGCAGAAUCCGUCACUGGAAGACUUUGAAAAGAAGCUAAAAAGCUUCCGAGAAGUCGAGACUCAGUUGCUUUCAAUGGAACAAGCCAAGCCCAUUGGAAUGCUUCUUAUAAAUAGUUCGGCUUUGUACCCACAGCUGAUUGAACUAGGUCGCCGAUGGAACAUUUAUUACCUCAGCAAGCUGCACGUUACAGCAAAGGAGCGCUUAGAAGCACUGACGGAACAAAUAAGACAGGGGUACAAGGGCCUCCACCGUCCAGUGACUGACAUAGACGCAUUACGGCACGUUAUGGAUACGCUCACAUCAAUAACCCAGCAAGAAUCAGACAUUGAGGCUCAAUUUGAGCCUGUCUUCACAAUGUACAGUAUGAUUGACCGUUACCUUCCAGGUAACGUGACUCUCAUUGACAAGGAUGAACAGGAUCAGAGGCUUUUACUGCGUUCCUCCUGGUCCAAGCUUAUUGACGAGGCGCAGGAAGCCCAGGCGAACUUGCAGAAAAUGCAGUCUACAUACAAGCGAGAACUCAUUCUCAACAUCAAUACUCUGAAGGCAGAUUCCAAGCAAUUCAGAGAAGAUUUUGUCAAAAAUGGGCCGGCAUGCCCCGGCAUAAAGCCGAGGGAUGCCGUAGAACGUGUCAAGCGAUUUAAGGCAGAAUGUGAUGUUCGAGCUCGCAAGCAAGAGAUAUACUACGCUGGAGAAGAACUGUUUGGCUUCCCUCACCAGGCCUACCCAGAGCUCGAGCAAACAAAAAAAGAACUGGCGAACCUGAGCCUGUUGUAUGAUAUUUACGUUCAAGUAGUAGACACAAUUAAAGAGUGGAAAGAUAUUUUGUGGGCUGAAGCCCCACCCCAAAUUCCUUUCAUGACAGAAAGAAUUCAGUUCUUUUCCGAUGCUUGCAAAAAGUUGCCCAAGCAGCUCAAGACUUCUGAUGCAUUCGCUGAACUCAAGAAAGAAAUCGAUGACUUCACUGAGGUUCUUCCACUCUUAAAAGAGCUGAGCAAGCCUUCUAUCGUGGCGCGCCAUUGGAAACAAGUGGAGGAAAUAACUGGAAAGUCUCUUGGCAUCGACAACGAAAUGACACGUCUUCAGGCCCUUGUAGACGCAGACUUACUUCAAUACAAGGAUGACAUUUUCGACAUCUGCGAGUCAGCAGAUAAGCAGCUGGUGAUCGAGGGCAAACUGAAAGAUAUCGAAAACAUGUGGAAGACUUGCAUGUUUGAAUUCGGCAAGUGGAAAACUCGCGACUACUACUGCAUUCUACAAGGUGGCCGCGUGGCGGAGGUCCAGGAGUUACUUGAGGAGUCGCAAAUGACACUGAAUGCGAUGAAUGCCAUGCGCCAUGUUAUACCAUUCAAAGAGAGGGUAGUGAACAUGCUCAGCACCCUUUCGGAUGUCGCAGGCAGACACAAUCGAAAGUUGGACAAAGGUACAAGUCCUCUGGACAUCAUUGGAACCAGUCUUUACUGGUGGAGACAUCGCAAAGCAAAUGCCCGGAGAGGCAAAGCGCUUCCACGCCAUCGACAAAGACUGGUCCUCCUCAAAAUUCUUUCCCAGGGGUCGGACGCAGAAACAGUCCAAGACGACUUGGAGAAGCUGUUUGAUGCGAUUUCUAGAGUGGAAUUCGAUAAAGCAGAUCGGAAGAAAAUCACAGCCAUCAAAGCUGUGGCUGGGUCGGCGGAGGAAGUGGUACCUCUUACCACCCCCGUGAAGGUGGAGGGGAACAUAGAAGACUGGCUGCGUUCACUAGAGUCUCAAAUGCAGAAAUCCAUCAGAAGGGAGUGCAAAUAUGCGGCACAUGAAUCGGGAUCUAUCUACAGCCAAAUGACGCUGCGGGAGUUCUGUGACAAAUACAUCGCACAGGUGGCAUUGCUCGGAAUUCAAAUGAUCUGGACAGCCGAUUGUCAGGAGGCUCUUGAUAGGAUAUCCAAGGAACGGGAUAGAACAAUCAUGGCACAAACAAACAAAGUGUUUGCCACGAUGAUGGCAGACCUAGUGCAGUGUUGCCUCUCAGACUUGGGGACCAGGCUCAACCGCACGAAGUACGAAACGCUUGUGACCAUUCAUGUGCACCAACGCGAUGUAUUUGCGGACUUGUGGAAGAAAGUAAAGGAGCACCGACUCAAAGACGCGAGCGACUUUGAGUGGCUCAAGCAGACUCGCCUGUACUGGAACAACGAUGCAGAAAGUGCUUUGAUUUCCAUUGCUGACGUUGAAUUUUCAUACUGUUAUGAGUAUCUUGGGGUAAAAGAGCGUUUGGCUAUAACUCCGCUGACAGAUAGGUGUUACCUUACGUGUUCCCAAGCACUCGGCAUGUUUUACGGCGGAGCACCAGCGGGUCCUGCUGGGACUGGAAAGACGGAAACAGUUAAAGACAUGGGACGGACACUUGGGGUUUUUGUGGUCGUUACUAACUGUUCGGAUCAACACCGUUUUACCGACAUGGCCAAGAUUUUUAAAGGUCUCUGCCAGAGUGGCCUCUGGGGAUGCUUCGACGAAUUCAAUCGAAUCGACCUAGAAGUGUUAUCAGUCGUCGCCAUGCAGAUAGAAUCUAUAACUCUUGCAAAGAAACAAGCUCUCAAGACAUUUUUAUUCCCCGGGGAGUCGGCUCCCAUCAAACUCGUCCCAACCACAGCCUACUUUAUUACCAUGAAUCCUGGAUAUGCGGGAAGGCAGGAGCUGCCUGAAAAUUUGAAAGUGCUAUUUAGAAGUGUAUCCAUGAUGGUCCCUGAUCGGCAGAUUAUUAUUAAGGUUAAGCUGGCAUCAGUUGGAUACAUGGACAUCGACAAUCUUUCGAAAAAGUUCAAGGUACUGUACGGGCUGUGCGAGGAACAGCUUUCCAAACAAAGGCACUAUGACUUCGGUUUGAGGAACAUCCUUUCCGUGCUGAGAACAGCAGGCGCCACGAAGCGAAACGAGCCAGAAGCAGACGAGGAAAUGCUUCUCAUGAGAACCCUUCGUGAUAUGAACCUGUCGAAGCUGGUUGCGGACGACGUCCCACUAUUCCUUUCGCUUCUCAACGACAUAUUCCCCCGCCAAGCCAACCCACCGAAGAAAGUGUACCAGGAGGUGGAAACUGCUGUCUUACAGGAGCUGGAGAAACGCGGGCUUGUCCGGACCGACGAGUUUUUGAUAAAAAUCAUGCAGCUUUACGAGACGUCUGUUGUCCGUCACGGUUUCAUGCUGGUUGGCGAUUCCUGUUCUGGAAAAACAACGAUUGCCAACACCCUCACAGCGGCUCUGACAGCCAUUGGGCAGCAAACCCGUAUUGUAACAAUGAACCCGAAGGCAAUUACUGCCCAGCAGAUGUACGGCGUUAAGGAUCCCAUAUCUGACGAAUGGACGCCUGGUAUCUUUGCGUGGAUGUGGGCUCGGUACAACAAUCGCUCGUUGAAGUUCAACACUUGGAUUACGUGCGAUGGACCAGUAGAUGCAAUUUGGAUUGAAAACCUGAACACAGUGUUGGACGACAACAAGAUAUUGACUCUCGCCAACAACGACCGUAUUCCCAUGACGGAAAAUACAAGGAUCGUUUUUGAAGUGGAGAAUCUUAACAAUGCAUCUCCAGCUACUGUCAGUAGAGCGGGGAUCAUCUUUGUCUCCCCUUCUGACCUCGGAUGGAAGCCUCUGAUCCAAAGCUGGCUGGAGCGGCUCUCUUCAGGUGGUCCUGAAGGAGCACAGAAGGCAAAAAUUAUGAGCGAGCUAUUCGACAAGUAUAUAUGCUCGUCUCAAGUAUACGACUUCGUGCUUAGAGACUGCACGCACGUGAUGCAAAUCACUCCAGCUGUGAUGACCGUGCAGCUCCUUAACCUCCUUACCAGCAUGCUGUUGUCAUAUGAAGCCAAUAGCGAAGGCAUGACUCAACAAGACUAUGAAAACAUGAUGGUGUAUGCCAUAGCUUGGUCCUGUGGAGCCUUAUUUGAACCGGAGGAUAGGCAGAAGUUUAACGCAUUCUUAAAGGACAAGAUGUUGUCACCACAUCAGUGCGAAGCAGGACUUACGAUUUUCGACUACUUUGUCGACCCAAAGACCAAGAAAUUUAGGAAAUGGGUGGCGCCUGAUUGGAGCCCACCGAAAGGGGCUUUCUCCUUCUCGUCUAUCCUUAUACCGACUCUGGACUCAGAAAGGGCUGAAUACAUCCUGCAACUCAUGACAAGUCUGCCGCAAUCACGAAAUCCGCCAUCAUUUCAAUCCGUUUUGCUUCUUGGAGGCCCCGGGACAGCAAAAACCUCUACAGCGCUCAUGUUCUUGGAAAAGCUGGAUGCAAACGAAACCUUGUGGAAAAGGGUAAAUCUAUCUUCAGCCACUCUCCCUGAGCGCUUUCAACAAACCAUUGAGUCUAACCUGGAGAGAAAGACAGGGAAGACCUACUGCCCGCCAGGUGGCAAGCAAAUGGUGUUCUUCCUAGACGACUUGUCUAUGCCAUUCGUAAAUGCUUGGGGAGAUCAAGUUACACUGGAGCUGUUACGCCAGUUGAUUGAACAGGGUGGCUUUUACUUCCUCGAAAAAGACAAAAGGGGCGACUUCAAAUCAAUCAUUGGUCUCCGGUAUAUAGGAGCAAUGAAUCAUCCCGGCGGUGGCCGUAACGACAUUCCAAACCGUCUUAAGUCAAAAUUUUUUUCUAUAAACAUGAUCCUGCCAUCCUUAACAUCUGUUGACAACAUAUACGGGUCGAUGAUUCGAAGUAGAAUAACUCUGAAGAAUGGUGCAACGCCGCUGGUCGUCGAAAUGUCGUCAAAGCUUACGCAGGCUACCAUAGACGUGUGGCUCGAAGUUAAGAAGCUGUUGUUACCAACGCCUAGCCGCUUCCACUACAUCUUCAACCUACGCGAUCUUUCACGGGUGUUCCAAGGAGUGUUGAACUGCCCGCUUGACGUCGUAAACACAUGUGAAAGCUUCCUUGGCCUCUGGAAGCACGAGUGCACCAGAGUGCUGGCAGAUAAGCUAUGCCGGAAAAGUGACAAGGACGUUGUCGAAAAGGCCAUUAAUGAUGCGUGUUCCAAGCAUUUUGACCACGCGCUGCAGAAAGCAGUCGUUGAUACACCAUGGUUCGCCGACUUCCUGCGGGAGCCUGGUGAAGACGAAUCCGGCGAGCUACUACCUGCGCAGAAGGUAUACGAGCCAGUACCUAAUCUACAGCUUGUCAGAACAAGAGCAAUGGAGUACCUCCAGAGAUAUAACGAGGAAAAUCCAGCAAAGGCAGCGGACUUGGUUUUAUUUGAUGAUGCGCUGGCUCACCUGAUGAUUAUUUCCAGAAUAAUUCAGAUGCCGCGGGGCUCUGCAAUGCUCGUAGGAGUCGGCGGCUCGGGAAAACAGUCGCUUACUCGCUUAGCUGCGUUCAUCGCUGGGCAUUCACAGUUUCAAAUAGCUAUCACCAAGACGUAUGGCGAUGGUGCCCUGUUUGAUGACUUCCGAGCUCUCUACGUAAACACUGGCCAGAAAAAUAUGCAGACUACGUUCCUCUUGACGGAUUUGGAAAUAAAGAACGAAGGUUUUCUGGAAUACUUCAAUUCCUUCCUCUCUACAGGGGAAAUAUCCGGUCUUUUCGCCAAAGAUGAAAUGGACUCAAUGGUUGCCGACAGGAGGGCUGACUUCAUCAAGGAAUGCCCCCACUUGCAAGAAACGAUGACAAAUAUGUACAACUUUUUCUUGAACCGUGUCCGUGCCAACUUGCACAUAGUCCUCUGCUUCUCUCCUUUGAGCAGGAAAUUUGCAGACCGGGCACAAAAGUUCCCUGCGCUCUUCAGCUGCACAAGCAUUGAUUGGUUUUUGCCAUGGCCUGAAGCAGCCCUAGUUGCUGUGUCAUCGAGCUUUUUGGACAAAUUCGAAAUUGAUGCGAGCCCUGAGAAAAAGCUUAUCCUGUACAAUGUGAUGGGCAACGUACACAACAAUGUAAACAGAACCUGUGAUGAUUAUUUCCGACGCAUGAGGAGAUACGUCUAUGUCACGCCAAAGUCGUACCUUUCAUUUAUCAACUUCUACAAGAAGGUCUAUACGGAGAAAUUUGACGAAGUGAACAAUCUGGAACACAGCGUGAACGUGGGUCUAAAGAAACUGAACCAGGCUGCUCAAGACAUUAAACAAAUGAAGGUGCAGCUGAAGGCUGAAGAAAAGAAACUACAGGAGUCCGAAGUGCAGACCAACCAGCUUCUGGCAAAAGUACAAAGCGAGUCUGCCAAGGCGGAAAAGAAGAGCCAAGGGGUGGCAGCAUUCCGAGACGAGUGCCUAAAGAACAAAGAGGAGAUUGAACGGGAACAAGAGGAGGCGAAUAACGAUUUACAGGCUGCUCUACCAUACCUUCGGGAGGCUGAAGAUGCAGUUAAGUCCAUCACUGCCAAGGAUAUAGUUGAGCUAAAGACAAUGAAGACCCCCUCAGAUAUUAUCCGUCUUGUUUUUGACGGCGUUCUCAUCCUGUUGCAAAAUCGGCUAGCAGAUGUGAAAGCAGAGUCGAAGGUCAUAAACAAGAAGCAGAUUGACUUUAUUCACGACUCAUUUGACGAAAGUGCGAAGGCUAUGAUGGCGGACGUGCAUUUCCUUUCCAAUCUCUUCGAUUUUUCAAGGAAAGAGAAAGACAAUAUCAAUGACGAGACGUGCGAACUCUUACUUCCUUAUCUCGAACUGGAGCACUUCAACCCAGCCGUAGCCAAAAAGGCAUCAAAUGCUGCUGAAGGAUUGUGCAAAUGGGUUGGAGCGAUGGUGAUGUACCAUGAGGCUGCAAAGAUUGUCAAACCGAAAAUGGACUACCUGACAGUACAAACAGCCAGGGUUGAGGUUGCCCUCCGUCAGCUGAGCGAAGCAGAAGAGGAGUUGCGAAAAGCUCAGGCUGUGUUGGACGAAAUAAACCGUCAAUUCCAGGAGGCACUUGCAUCGAAACGAGAGUUAGAGCAAAGGGCGCAAGCGACAAAGCGUCGAAUGGAGCAGGCGAACAGACUAAUCAACGGGCUUGCCGGAGAAAAGACGCGUUGGAUUAUGCUGAAGGAUGCCAAGAAUAACGGCAUCCCCUGUUCGGAAACCCUGAACAUUGUAGACUUGCUCGUGGACGAAGGAACCCGCGGAGAGUGGAACCUGCAGGGCCUCCCCGCAGACGAAUUAUCGGUGGAAAAUGCCAUCAUUGUAACACGAUCCGAUAGGUAUCCGCUAUUGGUAGACCCUCAAGGGCAAGCCCACAACUGGAUUAAGAAAAAAGAGGAGAAAAGCAUGAAGGGUUCUCGCCAAUGUAUAACAACAGCAACUGACCCCAGGUUUAAGGACAAGAUAGAAUUUUGCCUUUCGGAGGGUCUGCCAAUACUCAUCGAAAACCUUGGCGAUAACGUGCCAGAAGUCUUAGAUCCAAUUCUUGAGAAACAGUUCCUUAAGAAGGGGAAGCGGCUUUAUGUCACGUUUAUGGACCAACAAGUGGAUUACAAUCCAGCGUUUGCCCUCUACAUGACGACGAAGCUGGCGAAUCCCCACUUUUCCCCAGAGAUCAAUGCGAAAUGCACCAUGAUAGACUUUACUGUCAUGCAUGAAGGCCUUGAGCAACAGUUGCUUGGUCGUGUUCUUUCUAUGGAGCAAAGAGCUUUGGAAGAGUCUCUUAACCAGCUGGUCGAAUCCCUAACGGCAAACACAAAAGCACUGAAAGAGCUGGAUAGUCAGCUUUUGGAACGUUUGUCGCAUUCCUCUGGAAACCUUUUGGAUGACCUGGAGCUUAUAGAGGUGCUUGCCAACACGAAAGCGAAGGCAAAAGAAGUCGAGAAAAAGCUCAAAGAUGCACAAGAAAAAAAGGCGGAGAUUAAUGAGAAGAGAGAGCAAUAUCGCCCAGUGGCAACUAGAGGAUCCGUUCUCUACUUUUGCAUGGUUGAGGCCUCGUUGAUCUGUUGGAUGUAUAACAGCUCCCUCGCGCAAUUCCUGGAGCAAUUUGAUAUAUCCGUCUAUAGAUCAGAAAAGGCCCAACCAACCCACAAGCGCGUGGAGAAGAUUGUAGAGUAUCUGACCUAUCAAGUAUAUAGAUACGUCUGCAGAGGACUUUUCGAGAGGCACAAACAGACCUUCGUGAUGAUGCUAAUUCUGAAAAUGUUGCAAAUUGAUGGUGUUCUUCAAUCAUCCGACAUUUCCUUACUUCUAAACGGUGGCGCAGGUCUUGACGAAAAGGCAGAAGCACCUUGCCCCUUCAGAUGGUUAGGGCAGGACUCAAAAGUUUGGCUAAACAUCUUGCAGCUUUCGCGGACGAGCUUUGGUCGAGAUCAAAUACAGCUCUUCUGCGAGUUGCCCGACUCUCUUAGCAAGAACGAAGCUGCGUGGAGAAAGUGGAUGGAAGACAACGAGCCAGAAAAUCUACCAGUCCCAGACUACGAAGACAGGCUUAAGUGUCUGAAAAACCUCGGGCAUAUAUUGAGGCUUUGUCUUAUUCGCUCUAUGAGGCCGGAUCGCACGGUGGUGGCGUCAGCACGUGCUAUUGAUCAGCUGUUGGAACCAAAAUAUACAGAGCCGGUGACUGACUCUGUGGAGUCCAUAUGGCAAGAAUCAUCUUGUCGGGUUCCAGUGGUUUUCUUGCUCUCGGCUGGUGCUGACCCGACAUCGAGUAUUGAUGAGCUUGCAAAGAAGAAACGAAAGUUCCCGACUGACAAAGUAUCAAUGGGAGAAGGACAGGAGGUAGUUGCAAGGGAAAAGAUCAAGUCAGGCUUUUUAUCGGGUAGUUGGGUAGUGCUGCAAAAUUGCCACCUUGGACUAAACUUCAUGAGUGAAAUCGAGGAACUGCUUCUUCGGGUUACGGAAAUUAACAAGGACUUCCGUUUGUGGAUUACGUGCGAGCCGCAUAAUAAGUUUCCAAUUGGACUUCUGCAAAUGGCCAUUAAGGUCACGAAUGAAUCGCCUAUCGGACUCAAGGCAGGGCUGUCAAGGAGCUUUACAACGAUGAUCACUCAAGAAACGCUGGACAAAGUGAACAACGAAAAAUGGCGAACAAUUGUAUUUGCUCUUGCUAUGCUGCAUAGCGUGGUCCAAGAAAGGCGAAAAUUUGGUCCUCUAGGCUGGUGCAUUCCGUAUGAAUUCAAUUAUUCGGAUUUAGAGGCAUCCCUGUUUGUUGUAGAGAAGCAUCUUGCAGCCACAAUAUUGGUAGGACAACCGUUAUCCUGGUCUACCAUAGGAUACAUGGUGGGCGAGGUGCAGUAUGGCGGACGCAUUACAGACGACCUAGACAGAGAGAUGUUCAACACGUACACGGGAAAAUGGCUAACUGACGACCUAUUCAGGUCUGGAUUUUGCUUUAAUAGCAGUACUACAAACGCUCAUGAAUUCAUGUACAAAGUUCCACAAGCAACCGACAUCUCUGUCUACCGUGACUACAUCAACUCGCUACCCUAUGUCGACCAACCGGGAGUCUUCGGGCUCCACGUAAAUGCCGAUCUUACUUUCCGGCUGCAGGAGUCUGCAUCGAUGCUCGAAACUAUACAGGAAACUCUCCCAAAAUCAUCAUCAGGGGGCAAGGGAAAGUCACAGGAAGACACAGUCCGCGAGAAAUGCGUCGAAAUGUUAAGCAAAAUGCCAGAAGACUUCCAAGAGAGAGUGUACAGGGAACAGGUUUCCAAACUUUCCGGACCGCCGGCGUUAAAUGCAAAAGGAUUCUCGGCUCCUCUAAAUAUCUUCCUCUACCAGGAAGUGCAGCGUAUGCAGCGCAUCCUAUCAAUUGUCCGCACCAACUUAUCAUCAAUAAUCAGUGCAAUUGAUGGUACUGUCAUCAUGACCCCAGACUUACAGGAUGAUGUAACUGCAAUCUCUGAUUUGCGGGUGCCACGCCGCUGGGUUAAGGAUCCGAGCGGUGCAGAGAUAUCGUGGCUGUCCCCUACCCUUGGAAAGUGGUUUUCGGGCAUGAGACUUAGGGUUGAGCAACUGUGUGCAUGGCUUGAAAAAGGAAGGCCCAAGUCAUUUUGGCUCGCUGGCUUCUUCAAUCCCACGGGGUUCCUUACGGGAAUGAUGCAGGAGGUCACACGCCAGCACAAACGCGACCAGUGGGGACUUGAUGACGUCGUCCUGCACUCUGAAAUGCGUACUGUUGAUGUAGAGAAAAUAAAAGAUAUUCCAGACGAAGGGGUUAACAUCCAUGGCCUAUAUAUCGAAGGAUCCCGGUGGAACUGGCAUGAAUCCAGGCUGGAAGAAUCACUACCAAAAGUCAUGGUCGACAGAAUGCCGGUUGUGCACGCUACCGCCUUAACAUCUAGGGACAAACGCAACAAGUCCAUGGAUUACGGACAGUUUGAACCUUAUGACUGCCCGGUCUACAGGUAUCCAAACAGGACAGACAAAUACUUGGUAUUCAGGGUACAACUACGCACGGAUAUUCACCCUUCGCACUGGAAGCUGAGGGGGACUGCUUUGCUAUGCUCUACCGAAUGA